GUCAUUGCCCUUCAUUUAGAGGGCGACUACUUUUCUACAACAUGGCAUCGUUGGUGCGAGCUGCUCGGAUCUGCAGAAUCUUACCAUCUUUUACUUCACAUUUCACCAGACAGUCACCUCUCACCAGAAAUGUCUGUUUGAAAGGACAAACAUGUUUUGCCAAAAAUCCAGUGAUGUUCAGGUGUGUGAGCACCCAGGCUGAAGCUGCUCCCCUUGUCAUGAAUAAUGGCUUUGUUCCCACUCGCAGGAAUAAUUCUGAACGAAUUAUGGUCAAUGUUGAGACUAAUCUUUAUAGAUUUGGUCGAGUGUCUUACAAUCAAGUCCGGGAAUUUAUAAACGAAAUCGACAAAGCAGGAACUGUAACAUCAGCUCAAGCCUUGUUACUGCUGCGAUCCCUCGGUUCCAGUUUGUUCGAUGAACAUCCGAAAUUUCGGUCAGAGACUACCCUGAAAAUUUGGGAUAAGUUCCAAGAUUAUGGUCUUCAGUUUGACAUCACUCAUUAUAAUGCCAUAUUGAGGAACCAUCUCCAGAACAAACAUUCUUUUGAACCAAGUGAGUUUUUGGCAGUUAUGGAAAAAAAUCAAAUCGAACCAAACCGAGUAACUUACCAAAACCUAAUUUCACAAUAUUGUGAAAUGGGAGACAUAGAAGGUGCCAGUAAAAUCCUUGAACACAUGAAGAGUUCUGAUUUACCAAUUGGAGAACAAGUAUUUAAUUCUUUGAUCACUGGACAUUUCCGCGCUGGGGAUCCUGAAAGUGCCAAAGAAAUUUUGAAUGUCAUGAAAACUGCUGGAUUGGAACCAAGUUGUGAUACCUACGUUGCUCUUGCUUGUGGUUACAUUGAACAAGGCCAAGGAGAACAUGUUGAGAAACUUCUGCAAGAAGCUGAGAAUGAUGGAAUUCUUGUCCGUCCUUUUGUCCUUCUGAAGUUAGUCUUUGAAAUGGCUCAACACAAUCAGCAAGAAAUGGCAUCAAAGCUUAUACCAAAACUUUCAUCAUUCCGAAGCUGGAACCAAGAUGCUAUUUCUUGGAUUAACCAAUUGAUCUGUUUUGGCCAUGACCAAAUAGCUUUUGAAGUUUUCACUGUGAUGCCCAAACCACUCCAAAAGGAUGACAAUGAGUUACAACUUGGCCGUUUCUUCAUUCGUGCUCUUGUGAAAAGUGAGGUGUCAGUGGACAAACUGUGUGAGUAUGUGAACAGGAUGAGAAACGAAGGCUGGAACAAGGACGAUCUGUGUUUCCCCACACAGAUGGCAUAUAUUUACAAUAAGACAGAUUUUGCUUUGGAGUUAAUCAGUAGAAUGGCAGCUGAGAAUAUCCCAGUGAGGAAACACUUCUUUUGGCCAGCGUUCUGUCAAUUUUCAGAAAGUAACAAUAAGCAAGGUAAGGUGUUUAGCUAAACAUAAUUUGUUUUU